CAUCGAUUAAACAACCUUGUCCUCUAGCAAGCUUUAGCUAGCUUAACAAUGGCAAACCAGAAACGGCUCCUCUCCUUUCUGAUCUUGCUCACCCUCAGGAUGGCCAUGGCAAAGGAUGUCAUAUCAGUGGGCGUCGUUCUUGAUUUGAACUCUCCGGUGGGAAGAAUGGCAGAGCGUUGUAUGUCCAUGGCGCUCUCAGAUUUUUAUCAAGAGAAUCAUAACUAUAAUACACGACUCGAUCUUUUGAGGAGGGAUUCUGGGGAUGAUGUCGUUUCUGCAGCAUCUGCAGCACUGGAUUUAAUCAAGAAUGAAGAAGUUCAGGCCAUCAUGGGACCUCAAACGUCAGCACAAGCAAAGUUUGUCAUUCAACUCGGCGAAAAAGCUCAGAUUCCCAUCAUUUCCUUCUCAGCCACAAGCCCCUCUCUUUCUCCAGCCCAAAACCCGUUUUUCAUUCGCACAGCACAAGAUGACUCGGCACAGGUGACAGCCAUAUCAGCAAUUGUAGAGGCUUAUGGUUGGCGGGAAAUUAUACCGAUUUAUGCAGACACAGAUUACGGAAAUGGUUUAAUUCCAUAUUUGCUUGACGCUUUCCAAAAGAUUGACGUUCGCGUGCCGUACAGAAGUGUCAUUCCUCCAUCUUCUAACAAUACGCAAAUCAGUACGGAGCUUAACAAGUUAAAGGAACAAUAUCAUACAAGGAUAUUCAUUGUACACAUGGCUGCUUCACUUGGCUCCAAGCUCUUUGUACUUGCAAACAAGGCAGGAAUGAUGAAGGAAGGGUAUGCAUGGAUCUUCACGGCAGGGUUAUCAGCUUUGCUAGAUCCAAUGCCCUCAAAGGUCAUGUACUCAAUGGAAGGUGUAUUGGGACUACGGCCACACAUAACCACGUCAAAAAAACUAGAAGAUUUCAAAAGAAGAUUGAAAAGAAAUUUAACCUCAAGCAAACCAAUCAGUGAGCGUAAUGGAGUAAACCUGUUUGGAUUAUGGGCAUAUGAUACAAUUUGGGCUUUGGCUAUGGCAGUGGAGAAGGCUGGCAUUGUCCAUUCUAGGUUCUUUAAGCAAAAUUCUUCCCAAAGUAACGUUGAUCUUGCAGCUUUAGGCAUUUCUGAAACGGGUCGAACGCUUCGUAAUACAAUUCGAGCUACAAAAUUUCAAGGCCUUAGCGGGAAUUUUCAUUUGGCUAAAGGGCAGUUGGAACCUUCAGCCUUUGAAAUAAUCAAUAUCGUAGGAAAAAGCGAGAGAAUUAUUGGGUUCUGGACACGAAAGAGAGGGCUUUCACAAGCAUUGGUGGAUAGUACUGGUGAAGUAGCAGGCUCAAUUUCAAAGGACAAAUUACUUAAGCAGCCUAUCUGGCCAGGAGACACGACAGACCAACCGACAAAGUUGAGGAUUGGGGUUCCAAUAAGACAAGGUUUUGUUGAAUUUCUGAAAGUGGAUUGGCUGAAUCCUCUUACUAAUAAGCCUAGCAUAUCAGGGUUCUCCCAUGACGUGUUCCUUGCUGUGCUGGAUGCAUUACCAUUCCCCCUUCCUUAUGAGUUUAUUCCCUUCAUGAAUGAGAAUAGGACGAGUAAUGGGAGCUACGAUGAGCUUCUUUACCAAAUUAAACUUCAGAAGUAUGAUGCGGUCAUUGGAGACACAACAAUUGUGGCUAAUCGCUCCACAUAUGUUGAUUUUACUUUGCCUUAUUCAGAAUCAGGCGUAUCAAUGGUGGUUUUAGUGAAAGAUAAUGAGAGGAACAACUUUUGGAUUUUCUUAAAGCCAUUAAGCUUGGAUUUGUGGUUAGCAACCUUUGCAACAUUCAUCUCUACAGGUUUAGUGAUAUGGGUUCUUGAACACCGUAUAAACAGUGAUUUUAGAGGCCCCCCAGAGCAACAACUCGGCACCAUAUUCUGGUUCUCCUUCUCAACACUAGUCUUUGCUCACAGGGAGAAAGUGGUAAACAAUUGGUCAAAGUUUGUGAUGAUCAUAUGGAUUUUCGUGGUACUCAUCCUGACACAAAGUUAUACAGCAAGCUUAACCUCAAUGUUAACAGUACAGAGAUUGCAGCCGGCAUUUAUUGAUGUAAAAGAGAUAAAAAAUAAUGGGUAUUUUGUUGGAUAUCAAAAGGAUUCCUUUGUUAAAGGGCUUCUAACAAAACAGUUGAAUUUCGAUGAGACCAAGUUGAAGGCAUAUCAUACUCCUGAGGAGUAUAAUGAAGCACUGUCAAAUGGAAGCCACAACGGAGGGGUUGCAGCGAUUUUUGAUGAAAUCCCUUAUAUUAAACUCUUUCUUGCAAAGUACUGCUCUAAGUACACAAUGGUUGGACCAACCUACAAAACGGAUGGAUUUGGCUUUGCCUUCCCACAAGGAUCUCCUUUACUUCCUUACAUUUCUAGGGCAAUCUUGAAUGUCACAGAAGAUAAAGACAAGUUUGGACGGAUUGAGGAGAAGUACUUUUCGAGUACUACUUGUGAAGAUCAAAGUGCAACAAUCUCUUCACAAAGCUCUAGUCUUGAUUUGUACAGCUUUGGGGGCCUAUUCAUCAUCACAGUAGUCGCUUCCACGUCCUCACUCUUGGUUUAUUUGUUUAAGUUCCUUCACUUACAUUGGCCUGCUUUGAACGCCAGCAAUACUGAUGAUAGCUCCUUUUGGUCUAAAUUGCUUGAAAUGGCAAAACAUUUUGACAGGCCACAAAGAUCCCCCUUAGCAAGUCCUGGUAUUCAUCCCUCUAUAAAUAUCACUCAUUGAAAUGCAAUUUAAUAUACUUCAAUAUUCAAUAUAUUGUAGCUCUAACGGCUGACCUUUUCUAUUUUAGAUGGAAAUGAAUAGA